GCAGACCUGGUGACGUCAUAGGAUCAUCAGAUCCAAGAUGGCGGUGGUGAUGGAAGGUCCACUGUCGAAAUGGACAAACGUGGUAAAGGGUUGGCAGUAUCGCUGGUUUGUGCUAGAUGACAAUACGGGAUUAUUGUCUUAUUAUACGUCCAAGGAAAAGAUGAUGAGGGGAGCAAGACGAGGUUGUCUUCGACUUAAGGGAGCUAAUUUAGGCAUUGACGAUGAAGAUGACAGUACAUUCACGAUAAGCUGUGACCAGAAAACAUUCCAUUUUCAAGCUCGAGAUGCAGAGGAAAGAGAGAGGUGGAUAAGAGCUCUUGAGGACACUAUAAAAAGGCAUUCUCUCAUCAGAAAGCAAAGAGCUGCUAUGGUUCAUGAGAUAGAAUUUGACCCCAUGAAAGAAAAUUUAGAUCAAAGGUUGGCUGAAGCAGAGGCUUACUACAAAAUUCUUAGUAAACAAAUUAAGGUAAUACAGGGGAAAUUGAUUCCUGAGUCAGCACAAACACAGAGAUAUGCCAGCAUAAAGGAAUCUUCCCAGAAAAUGCUUGACUCUGUUGGAGAAUGCAUUAACCGAAUGAAUAGUACAAAAAUGGAAUGUGAGAAAUGCAUCAAAACUGUUGCUCAAGAAACAGAGUCAAUGCUUCCAAUAGUCCCAGACCAUUACUCCAACAGCAGACAAGAACAAUCGAAUAACCCAAAUCCUACAAGUAUAUCAGAUAACAAUGUGGACGAUAUCUUAAUAGAUAAAUUGAGCAUAAGGCCAAGUAAGAGUGAGUCAUCUCUCAGUCCAUCGCCAACUUCAACAACAGUUACAGCUGGUGGACUAUCCCUUAGUAGAGUAACUUCAAAAUCCAGCUUUGAACUGACAACACCCACAUCUGACGUCAUUGCAACAGAGAGCUUUGAGACUCUCGCCUCCCUGUCUGGACCCAAGUCCAUCCCGAAUGCCACACCCGGUGGAACCUACCCAUCACAGGUCUACUCUAGGUCACCUUCCAUUGCAAGAGAUCAAGUACCAUUUGCUUCAUACUCGAGUAGUGAUGAAGAAGAUGUAGAGUUCUUUGAUGCUGAUGAGUUCCAUGAACAUUCAGGAGAAAGGUCUGAGGAUGACAAUAGCGCAGAUCUGCUGUUACCUAUUCAAAAGGCGGCAGUCCUUCUGAAUGAAGAUGACUAUGAACCUGAAGAAUCCAAUGUAUUUGGGAAGGAAUUAGGUGCUGAUGCUGUGGAGCAACAUAGUAGCGUUAUCACACAUCUCUUGUCCCAAGUGAGACUCGGGAUGGACCUCACUAAGGUUGUACUGCCAACAUUUAUCCUGGAGAGACGAUCCCUUCUAGAGAUGUAUGCAGAUUUCUUUGCCCACCCGGACCUUUUCUCUGGUAUUGUUGACCAGCCAACACCACGUGACCGGAUGGUACAAGUUGUUCGUUGGUACCUCUCAGCGUUUCACGCUGGACGGAAGGGUUCUAUUGCCAAGAAGCCAUACAAUCCGAUUCUAGGAGAGACUUUUCGAUGCUUCUGGGUUCUACCUGAAUUUGCCUCUACUCGUAGCCAGGAGAGCUUAGAAGAGGGCCCUGUCCCGUGGGCUGCUAAUGAAGAUGUUACAUUUAUUGCAGAACAAGUUUCUCAUCACCCUCCAAUAUCAGCCUUUUAUGCAGAGAACCGUGCAAAGAGCAUAUCGUUCGGGGCUCACAUCUGGACAAAGUCUAAAUUUCUUGGUCUUUCUGUUGGUGUUGAAAACGUCGGACAAGGGUGUGUGUCUGUGCUUCCAUUUGACGAGGAAUACAUUGUCACUUUCCCAAAUGGAUAUGGAAGAUCUAUAUUGACAGUCCCUUGGAUGGAGAUUGGCGGCAAGGUGGCUAUCACGUGCGCCAAGACGGGCUACAGCGCUACUGUGCAAUUCCACUGCAAACCUUUCUACGGGGGCAAGAAACAUCGCAUAUCAUGUGAAGUUAUGGCUCCGUCGGAAAAGAAACCAUUCCUCACUAUCCAAGGAGAGUGGAAUGGGCAGAUGUAUGCCAAGUUUGCCGAUGACGAGGAGGAGACUCUUUUUAUAGACACUAAGACUCUACCGAUAACUCAAAAAAUGGUGAAAAGGAUCCAAAAACAAGAAGAAUUCGAAUCUAGAAGGUUAUGGCAAGACGUUACCAUUAAUCUCAAGAAGGGAGAUGUUGACAAGGCAACAGAAGCAAAGCACAAGUUAGAGGAGCGUCAAAGAGGAGAAGCAAGAGAGAGGAAAGAACUCGGGACAAAUUGGGAAACCAAGUUGUUUCACGAAGUUGGUGGGCACUGGGUCUACGACAAGCUGCUGCAGAAAUGAAAAGAAAGCGACUGACAAAAAAAAAGCGUCGCUACCGCGUCCUCCACGUCUGUUGGAGUGGACGUCAAGGUUUCGAGAGUCUUGUGAAAAGUCGAUGAAAGGUUUAUUGGCAGCACCGACACGACGGAAAAACAUGGCGUGACGCUUCAAAUAAGCCCAUUUCACAUCGAAUAAGGCGGAGAAUUUCUCUGAGUACUUAGUAACUUAUAGCAAACAAAAUAUCAAGUGCGACUUUUUUUUUAAUUGAUGCGACUUUUUGUAAAGUGUCAUUGAAAUGUGAGCUUUUCUUCCCUGAACUAAUACACAGGGUAAUGAUGAUCAAGGGAAAAUUAUCUUAAAAAGUUAUUUGUGUUUUGAAAAUCAGUCCGUAAUACAAGGAACCUAUAGCCAGUGUAAGAAAUUGUGUCUUCUCUCUCUAACUGGAAUUGCGCGUUUUCCAGGUUUUUCCGUCAUGUCGGCAGCACCAAACAUAGCCAAGUCUGCCGAGUUCACCAGUUGACUACACAAUCAUUUCACCUAGCUGUCAAACCCAGCUUUCCAUUGUGCAAGCUUCGUGUUUGGAGCCCACGUGAUAAGCACGUGAAAACCAGGAACCCCAAAAUAACUAACAAAAUGAUGACCGAAUCAUAGUCUUUAACAUUUUAAUAUUCUCACUUUUUGUCUUGUUUUGUAAUGGGUAUCUAAUUUUGUGAACAUAAUGUAAUGGGAAGAUGUCAAAAUUGUAUGAAAAUAAUUUUUCCAAUAUAAGAUAUUUUUAUAUGGAUGGAAAUUUAGAUAUGUUCCCAAUUCAAAUUUUUGGUUCGAUACUGUGAAAUGUAUUGAAUAUAUUUCAUCUGAAAUAAAUAAUAAUUUUUAAGGCAUCGCCUAAAA